AACAGAGGUAGCAUGCAGUAUUUGAAAAGGAUCAUUGACAAUGCCACUAUGUGACACAAGCAAAGAUCACCACCAGGUGAAGUUUGACGAAACCUGAACCAUCCAAAUUUCAUGAAAAACAUUUUUACAUUUUGAUUACUGAAAAAAUUUCUACAGUCAAGAUACUUCAUAGUCAGCUUUUUUGGAUUAUAAAUAGGGGAGCAGGUCCAAGCAUUCUUCCCAUUCUGCUCUGCAGCUAAAACACAAGUAACUUUCUUCUUCUUCGCUGCCUUUUCGUUUGCUGUCUUCUCCACAUAGAGACACAUACAUACACAGAAAGCAGUUUCACUCAGAAUACAUAAAUAUUUUCCUCUGAGCCAUGGCACGUGUCCUACAGAUUUGCAUUUGCAGUUUCCUGCUGGUAGUUAUUGCUGGCAAUGAAUUUUUAUUUGCAGAGGGAAGGCAAAUCAAAACAUUAAACAAGCAGAGCCUUGAGUCCUCUAAAGAUGACAAAGGAUUCAUAAAUCAAGGAAAGGAAGUUAUAGGAUCGAACCAAGCCUCUACAGGAUACCAAGGUGACCUUCAAAAGACUCAGACUAAUUAUGAUGUUCCAGAAACAAAAAGGGUUCUUCCCAAGAUGUCAUCAAAUGUUCCAAAGUCAAGUACUGAAUUUGGAAGUUCAAUGGCAGAACAUGUCAAUGGUUUCCAACCAACAGCCCCAGGAAACAGCCCAGGAGUUGGACAUUCACAUGAAGGACGCAAACAGAUGGAGCAAAAUAUACCAAGUGCAAAAUCCAGCGAAGGCUAUUUUCUGGAAGGAAGCACAGACGAUUUCCGACCCACAGGACCAGGGCGCAGUCCAGGUGUUGGCCACUCUGUCCGAAACACAAAGGAAGAGCCAAAGUUUUAAACAAUGUCGAAGCACAUGAAAUCUAUAAAUUGUAUCUACUGUCUCCUUCGUGGCAUGCAGUUCCCAUAAUGUGCUUAUAAAUAGUCCUGCAAUUUGUUGCAGUUGUUCUUGUAAAUAGCUACAUUAGCUUGUGGCAUAUAUAAGUUUUUAUGCAUGUUCAGUAAAUAAUGUCAUAAGCAGCUAUGUUAAUGCUUAAAAUAACAGUCACAUGGUGUAGAUCUUCCAAGGUUAUUCUAUCUUUAUCAGUUUGUUCAAUGCAUGCAAAGCAAAGUUAUUCUUCGAUAGCCAAUGCCAACACAAGGAUACUAUACAGAUAUUUCAAAUGCAGACGGCCACUGAGUAUAGA